AUGGCGGAUCCACUGAGUUUACUUCGACAAUUUAAUGUAAAUAAAAAGGAAAUUAUAGAGAGGGAUAAUCAGAUAAUAUUUGGCGAGUUUUCCUGGCCAAAAAAUGUUAAGACAAAUUACUUCAUGUGGGGAUCUGGCAAAGAAGGCGGGGAAAAAGAAUACUACACUCUAGAAUGCUUGCUUUUCAUCUUAAAGAAUAUUACAUUAACCCAUCCUAUUUAUAUUAAAAAAGCAGCUGCUGCUAAUAUACCACCAGUAUGUCGUCCUGAUCGUAAAGAACUACUUGCUUACUUGAAAGGAGAGACUGCAACUUGUUCAUCUAUAGAUAAGAGUGCACCAUUAGAAAUCCCAACACAGGUAAAAAGAACGCAUGAGCAUGGUGAAUCAGCAGCAAAAAAGCCUCGCAUUGAGGAACUUCAUGUGCAAAAAGUGCGGGAACAGCUUGCAGCACGUCUUGAUGCACCUAAAGAAGCUUCUGUCACAGUUGAUAACAUCAAAUCUCUAUCAGAAGCUAUGUCAGUUGAGAAGAUUGCAGCAAUCAAAGCUAAGAGAUUGGCUAAAAAGAGAACAACAAUCAAAAGUAACGACUAUACUGAUUCCCUUGGUGUUGUGGGUUCAGACCUAAGAGCCAUAUUGGACUAUGAUGUAGAUCUCACUAAAGAUAUAAUAAGUCGGGAAAGACAGUGGAGAACAAGGACAACAGUAUUACAGAGUAACGGAAAAAUAUUCUUAAAAAGCAUCAAUGCUCUUCUUGGAAGUAUAAAGGCUCGGGAGGAGGGCAGAUCAGGUGUUCCAAGACCUCAGCCUGUGAUAAUGCCACAGCCUACUACCUUACCAGCUCAGCAAACACAAUAUAACAGAUAUGAUCAGGAAAGAUUUAUUAGACAGAAAGAAGAAACUGAGGGUUUCAAAAUUGAUACUAUGGGAACAUAUCAUGGUAUGACAUUGAAGUCAGUGACAGAAGGGCCUAGUGUACCUGUGGCAGCCCGCGCCCCUCCCACACCAAAUCACCCCAGACAAAUGCCACAAAACGGCCCCGUAACAAGCACGCCUGGUCGCAAAGAAUUGCUUCCAGUAGCGGCUGCGCGUGCGCCGAUUGGUGGAGGCAAGAGACCUUCACGGACACCCAUCAUCAUCAUACCAGCCGCUGCCACCGCUCUCAUAUCUAUGUUUAAUGUUAAGGAUAUGCUGCAAGAUCUUAAAUUCGUACCAGUGGAGCAAAAGAAAGCGGAAGGCGCUUCACGAGAAAAUGAAGUACUUUUGCAAAGACGGAAGGGUCCCACCGGAGAUAAUAUUCCUAACAAUGCGACUACAAUUACAGUACCAUAUCGCGUAGUGGAUAACCCAAGCAGACUAUCAGCGGCCGAAUGGGACCGUGUUGUUGGAGUAUUCGUUCAAGGACCAGCAUGGCAAUUCAAGGGAUGGCCGUGGGACGGAAAUCCCGUUCAAAUUUUCGCUAAUAUAUGCGCCUUUCACCUGAAGUAUGAUGAAAUGAAAUUAGACAGUAAUGUUGCCCGGUGGGCGGUGACAGUGCUUAAUCUCAGCCGCACCAAGAGGCAUCUUGACCGAGCCGUACUACUUGGCUUCUGGGAAACACUUGACAAGCACAUGAUGAAAAAUAAACCGCACCUUAGGUUCUAA